AUGAGCUUGAUUGCCUACGGCGCGGCGUUUCAAGAGCAGCGAUCCUCUUUAGAGUCGAGUGCGCCAGCCAGCGACGAUAGGGCAAGCUCCAGCGUAGAGCCGAUGAGUGAUGAGCCGAUUUCGGGGCACCCGCCAAAGAUCAUUCCUCGGCAUGGGCCAGGGUUCCUUAGUCUUAGUGGUUCUGAGAGGGAAGCGUUGGGGCUGAAACGGCAGGCCACGGAGAGGAUCAAUUCGACCGUCUUUCAGAUAUGUGACAUGUGGUUCAGAUGGGCCGGGAACAGCUACAAAAACAAGGGAUCCGGGCCCAUGUUUCAGCAGGCGGUUCUAGGGAAGAUGUCCAGGCUACCGGCCUCUUUGGUUGGAGACGAUAAUGCCGCUGCACAUACACUUGCCGAGAGUGCCACGUCAGAAGGAGCAAAGCUGGAGGGAGGAAUGAAAAAGGGCGAUGGUUUGGUCCUGCUCAAGUUAUUACAGGGGUUCAAGGCGACGCACCUGUUGCAGCAAAUCCUGAGGCACCUGAGUCCAUGGCUGUUGAUUCCGGAGUCCCACCAGCCAGAAAUGGAAGUGUCUCCAGCUGUCUCCGAAAAUGCUCCCGUCCCGGCCGCAAUGGAAGUAGACCCUAUGGUAGUUCCUAUUCCCGAUGAGAGUGAUGAGGACUUGUUGUUCGGCGAUGACUGUUGCUUUUUUACCCAUCCUGCGGAAGGGCAGGUGUGGGAACUGACUCUGCAUGAGACGGCGGUCCCGGUUGCUGAUCUUCCUUCGGAAAGCGAGGCUCUUCAGUACAUCCUUCUUGCCUCCGAUGAGAAGAAGAGGAGGGUGGAAGUUUACAUGCGUGAUCUCAGUAGGCAAGAGAGGGAGCUGUUUGACACAGCCAAAACGAAGGAAGUGAAGGCAUGGAUGGACCACAGAACGAAGAUCGUUUCUCAGCGGUGGAAGUUGAUCAACUUCGACAUCUCCACUGCCUUUCUACAAGGCAAAGGGGAUGGAAAAGCCCGGGUUCAUGGGGUCCUAGGGGUACACGUGGAUGAUGGGAUAGGUGGUGGCGAUCGUUACUUCUCCAGUGUUAUUGAAAGGUUACGGGGAAUCUACAGUUUCGGGGCUUAUGAAGAAAUGGACUUCGUUUUCACAGGCAUCCACUUCAAGCAGUGGGACGAUGGGAGCGUGGAAAUGGAUCAGCAUAAGUAUGUGGAGCAGAUUCAGCCUAUCCAUGUAGCGAGACUUCGGAGAGCUGAUCCAGAGUCCGAGCUCACAGGCCCUGAAGUCAAGGAGCUUCGCAGGAUCAAUGGUAGCCUUCAGUAUGCUGCUGUUCACACGCGGCCUGAUCUAGCUAACAGGAUCUUGUUUGAGGCCAAAUCCCAUGCAGUUUCUAUCAUGAUAGUGCCCAUUGAGGAGUCGAAUGUCACCUUUUGCACCUUUUCCGAUGCCUCUUUCGCAACAAGCAGGGAUCAGAACUCAUACCAGGGAUGUUUAGUGCUUGCCACUGACUGGCGAAUGUUGGCAAAUGAAAGGGCCGUGGUGAUUCCGAUGGCUUGGUCGAGCAAGAAAAUCAACCGCGUAGUCAAGAGCACCCUUAGCGCUGAGGUAGUGUCACUCUGUGGGGCCAUCGACCGAAUGUCAUGGAUCCGGCUCUGUUGGGAGUGGUUCAAAGACCCCGGAGUUGAUAUCACUCGUCCCGACGAGAUCUUGAAGCGAGCUCCGUGUGCCUCCUUAGUCACUGACUGUAAGAGCGCAUAUGAUAUUGCUACCAAGACAGCGGUACCCAGUUGCACGGAACUCCGCACUCAACUCGAAUGUCUUCUUUUGCGAGAGCGCUUGCAAGAGAAUUGCAAGAUGCGUUGGAUUCAUUCCAAAGCCAUGCUGGCGGAUUGCCUUACGAAGACCAUGGAUA